CACAAUCGCAAGCGGGUUCUCCACCAGCAUCAGCUCCACCAGCUCCACCAGCGCUAACAUACACACAGUAUACCGCCCCAAACAGCAGACAUACAGACAAAGAUGGCCGCCAGCAGCACGAAGGAUCUGGACCUCCUGGCCUACUCGCUCAUAUCACAGUUCCUCACACAACACAACCUCACAGACACCCUCGCAACUCUGCAAACGGAAGCUCCCGCAAGCAUCUACGAUGAUCUGCAGAAACACAGGGUCCCCCAUAAACCACUGACAGCCAUCCUAGAAGAAUACGACCUGCUGACCGCACAGGAUCAGCUAGGCAGCUUAUCCAUCACACAGCAACGGCAGCAGGUCAAGCGGGAUGACGAUGAGCUGUUUGCGUUGGGCAGGGGACGGGUGCCGAUCGAGCCGUCGAGGGUCUAUGACACGAUACACCUGGCGAACAUCGUCGCUGCAGCAACUGUCACGCUCCCAUCCAACCUUUUCCCUGCUGCAGAGUUGGCAGGCCCGAACGUGCCCGUACUCGUGACCGCUUCAACGGAUAAAACCAUCCGUGUGUCUCAUAAAGACUCUGGCAAGCUGCUCGGGGUCCUAGACCACCAGAAAGCGGCGUGUCUGGCCUUGGACUUCUAUCCUCCCGACAAACGCUUCCUGCUCACCGCGGGGAUGAACGGCAGCCAUCAUGUGGCUGAUCUGACGACGGAAGCGGUUGCGCAAUCAUUCAGCGAUCACGCAAAGUAUGUCGUCCGAGCAUUAUUCUCGCCGGACGGGGCAUGGUUUGCUACGGGGUCGUAUGAUCGGUCUGUCAGCAUCUACAAGCGGACAACUGACGCUGGGGUCAUACCGCCAAAAUUCGAAAAAGUCCACACGGCAGCCUUCCCCGGCGCCGUCGAGUCCCUCUGCUUCCUCCCCACCGCGACAGACCCGCCCACUCUCGUCAUAGGCUCCCGCGACUCCAACUACCUCAACUACCUUACCCUCGACCCGUCGCGCGCCUAUCCCACCACCCGUCACAACAUGAACGCCAACGGCGACGACUGGAUAUCCUUCACAGCGAUGGACCUCCGCCCUUCACCCACCGGCCACCACCUCGCUUGCUACACCGACUCCAAAGCCGGGCGGAUCAUCAUCUUCCGCACCCACUCCACCAUCCAGGCCCGCAACCUGUGGGGUGUUGUCGCGGACGGGUUCUCGCAGCCGCGGUGCUGCUGGGACUCCUCCGGGAGAUUAGUGUUUGCGACGAGCGAUGAUAUGAAAGUUUAUGUGUUUGAUGUGCCGAGUGGGCAGGUUGUGAAGAGGUUGGAGGGACAUACUGGGGUUGUGAGGGGACUGGGGUAUGAUGGUGAAAGACAGCAGUUGGUGUCGUGCUCGUUUGAUAGGACGGUGAGGGUGUGGGAGACGUCGGAGGAUGGGGAUGAGGGGAGCAUUUCUCGGUGAAGUUUCCGCCUUUUCUUCAUAGCUCA